GAUUCAUAUAUAUAUAUAUAUAUAUACAUCAGUAUGUAUCUGCGGGUAUAUAUAUUUAUAUAGAUAUAUAGUUUAGUAUAGUAAAGAGUAAAGUUAAAUCAUGGACAGCAGCAGUAGCUGAGGUGGAGCUGGCGACGAGUCGUCGACUCCACUCGCUCAGCGCCUCUACCUCUACUAUACAACUUUCUUCCAUUUUUCAUUUAUCCGUAGUCUCUUGUAUGUGGAUCUUUAACUUUAAAAUGUGAACCUAACCAGGUUUGAAUCCUCGGGGAUUCUGGGCAGGCCGAUCCGUCGUACGGAAUCGUGCACUGUCUACUUUUUUAAAAACCACUCUAAAAUAAUAGUACAUUUUUUUUUUUAUCAACUUCUACAAUACAGUAAAGUGACCAGUACUGUAAAGUGUCCACAGGAUUAAUAUUGUGCCGAAAAAUUUUUGGAGUUUAACUUUUCUUUACAUUACACCUUUUAAUAGUUUUUUCUACUGUAUUGUGUAAAAAAAACUGUGUUUGAACGACGUGUUUACCACGAGACUGUCGGUGCCGUACGAUGUCUAUGCACGAGUGGACGGGUGCGUAAACGUCAGUGCAUUAUCAUGUGAUAAUGUGGACUUUUGACGAGGUACCUGUUAAACAAGAGCGUCCAGAUGAAGCGGAAAUCCGGGAAUUGGCUGCCAAAAUGGUGGAAGCAAACAAGGCGAAAAUGCAGGCAAUGCCUCCAGCAACGCCGAGACCAGCUAAUCCACAGGCAAAUUUACCCGGAAUACUCGGUUAUUUAACGCGUAAACCAACUGAUGGAUCAACUGGAACACCACCAGUAGCUAAAUCACCGUCUGUUCAAGACGGCAAAGUACCGCUUGAUGAUGAAAGUCAGCGUGGUAGAUUUGGUUGGGUGUCAUUUGAAAAAAUUCACAUACCAUAUAUAUUUCGUGGUAGUGAAAAAUAUUGUGCUGUUAGGAUACUUGAAGCCAAGCUACUAAAUAAGUACCUGAAUUAUCUUCACUCAGAUAUUUACAGUUGUACAUGUAUUAAAAGUUACUUUAUAACUGAAGCUGAGAGUAAAUUAUUUAAUGAAAUAAAUAAUAAACAUUGUGAGAAUCAAUUCGGCAAAGAACAAUUUACGUGUAAAGAUUUAGUUGUACGUCUAUCAGACGCUAAAGAAUUUUACACAUUUUUAGAUGUAUGUUAUACUAAGUUAACAAGUAACAGUGUUAUUGGUAAUAAUAGUGGUGGUAAUAAUAAUGGACAUAAUAAAAAUGAUAAAUGUGGAUUUAUACGUAUUAAUAAAGAAUCUGUUGUUCCAUAUACAAUAAAAGAUAAUUUAAAAUACGUACCGUUAUUUUAUUUUGAAGGUGAAACGGACAAUUUAAAAUUAAAAGCUGAAAAAUUAGAGGGAUGGGAUUUGUCAUAUUUAAAAUUUUGUUGUAAAGUACAGGGUAUACGUAAUGAAUUAUUUGCUAGUGAAACAUGUUCUGUUAUAAGUUUAAGCGAUAUUAAAAGUUAUUUUCCACCUGGUACUGGUUUUGAAGACUAUUGGCCUAGUAAAGUUAUGGAUUCACAGCUAUUUGUUAAUGGUAAAAGUGGUGCUAGUGCUGGUGGAUGGACUAAACAACCACCAGCUCCGCCAGCAAAUAUUAUUGGCAAACAAUUACAAGUUCAAAAUAAUUCAACUUCUAAAUCAUCGUCUUCAUCACAACUAACAUCACGAACCGUUGCUGGUUUACCAGCAACACGUAAUAGCAAUACUGCUAAUACAACCACAUUACAGUCAGUAGUUAAUCAAUCAUCAAGAUCCGUUGUUACAACACAUCCAGCGCAUGUAUCAUCAAAUAAUCUGUCUGGUGGACGAUCUGCUGCUGCUGCUAAUAAUGCUCAACCUUUGCUCAGUUCAUUAACUGCUGUUAAUGGAUGGACUGGAUUAGUUGGUGGACAACCAACAUUUCAGACUGCUAUUGUACCUCAAUCUAAUUCACAAGCCGUUAUAAGAAUGCAAAAUUCACCACUUAUACAUAAUAAUAUCUCUUCAUCUAAGGCUUAUCAACAGCAAUCAAGAAGUCGAGCUGGAGGUAAUGGUAGUACGGCACCUGGUCAGUAUCCAGUUUACCCAGUUACAACUAUUCAACCAAUUCCACAAGCACAAUCGACUUUACGAGCAACUGUACACUCCAAUCAACCUAAUCUUGGUUAUCCAACCUAUGGGAAGGAUGACUGGGUUGGUUCAACAUACACAACAUCAAGUCUAACGAACCCGAAUGUUGUGGCAGCAAGUACCUAUCCUCAAAUGUUAAAUUUGAGUCAAGAACAGGUGCAAGCACUUUUACACCCACAAACGUCAGCGGCAUCAGCGUUAUUGUCUCAUUCACAGAGGCAUACACCGCCUGCGCACAAUGCACACAAUAAUGCGCAUCCAAAACCUGCGGCAUAUCCACCACCACUUAUUCCAGUCAACGGUAAUUCGAAUAAUGCGAGAGAUUCACAUGGAAGAAAGCAGUUAAUAACUAUACCAGAUGCAAUGAUAUCAGCUUCGUCUCAUGUCCAACCUUAUGGAAUACAAAAAGCACUUGUCGAAGAAAAAUUAGUGCCCUGUAUUAAUUUCAAACCUUAUAUUUAUUCCGAACUGUUAAUGACAUUACCGGAUUUUGUAUCGCAGUAUUUUCCAGCAUGUGAUAUUAAUAAUUGUCGGCAAGUCAUUACGGAGGUACUUGGUCUUGAUUUAUAUCAAGGAAAUAGAUUACAAAUGAAGAAAUUAUUAGAAGCUGGUAAAUGUUCAUCACUGAGUGACGAAUUGCCAUUAAUCCAUGUGAGAAAUAUAAUGAAAUACAUGCCUCAAAUGAAAUAUAUGUUCAGAAAUAUGGCAAUGCCUCCAACAACAGCUCAUUCAAAUGAAGAGCAUCCAUCAAAAAAACGACAACGUACAAGCUAGGAUUGGCUCCAGCCUUACUGGCCCACUUACGAUUACUACCAUUCGGCAUUUUAAUAAUAAUAAAAUAAUGAAUAAUAACGACAACAAUAAUAAUAAUAAAAAAUAACAUUAGUAAUAAUAAUAAUGAUAAAUCAAUAAACAAAAUAUAAUUAAAAGUGUCGUUUGUCAAGUGUCGCGUGUGGUAAAGUGGCACGUGCUGUGUUUAUUUAUUUAAAAAAUCAAUUUAUUUUCUUCUCAUGUUGAUUUACUUAAUUAUUUAUAUUUAUUGCUAAAUAAAAAUAUAUUGACUCAAUUUAAAAAAAUAUGACAUUCAAAUAGAAUAUAAAUAUUAAUUUGUAAAAAACAAGUGUGCGGUAAUUAUUAAAAUAAUUUUUAAAAAAUUAAAUAAAAUAUGAAAUUUAAAAAAAAAACAGUUCGUGCCUGCACGUAAGGCUUUUUUUAACAUCAGCGAAACAUCGCGACAUGGAAAAUGCUGCUCUCAUCUUCACAUUAAUGACUGAAAUAAAUAAGAAAAAGAAUUAAUUAAUUAAUUAACUAAAAAAUAAAAGUAAGCAAAUAAAUAAAAGUAAAAAUAUUUAAAUAAAAUAAUAAUUAAUAUUAAUUUAAAUGACUUAUUAUUUUAGUGAAUUUAGAGGUGUAAUUGCAUUUCACAUUUCACAUUUUAUUAUUUCAUUAUUAACGUUUAUAUUAAUAUAAAUAAAUAAAAAAAAAUUAAUUGAUUAAUUAAAUUUAAUUAUACGACUUUGUAGCUUUAAU